UAUUUAAAAACUUCCCGUCGGGCCUGCUGUCGGCGGCGCAGAGCUACCCGUCGCUGGCUCCCAACGCGCAGAACGCACUCACCCUCUCACUCACCUCCACGUCUAGUGAGAGCGAGCAGGUCAGAUAUAUUGUUACAAACUGUGGCGUACCGCAAGGGGCAGUACUUGGGCCUGUUUUGUUUAAUAUUUAAAAACUUUCCGUCGGGCCUGCUGUCGGCGGCGCAGAGCUACCCGUCGCUGGCCCCCAACGCGCAGAACGCGCUCACUCUCUCACUCACGUCCACGUCCAGCGAGAGCGAGCAGGUCUCUCUAGAAGACUUCCUGGAGUCGUGCCGCGCGCCCGCGCUGCUGGCCGAGAUGGACGACGACGACAACGACGACGCGACUGAUAGCGACAACAACGACAACGCUUACCAGGAGGUAUCCCGCAACCUGCUCUCCCUAAUGGAAGAAGAAGCCUUAGAAGCCGUACGAGGCAACGCUUUACUGACGGGCGCGCGGCCGCGGCGGCCCUGGGACGACGACUUCGUGCUCAAGCGGCAGUUCUCGGCGCUCAUCCCCGCCUUCGACCCCCGCCCGGGCCGCGCCAACCUCAACCAGACCACCGACCUAGAGAUCCCCCUAACCGAGGGCUCAGACAUCGAAGACACACCUGAGCCCGAGCCGGCCCCCGCGCCCCCCGCGGCCCGCCUGCCCGCCCUGCAGCUCACGCUCAGCGCCAACGGGGCUUCCCUGCCGCUGGACAAGCCGCACUGGACUUUGUACCGGGCCGUGCUGGCGUUGAAUGCGAAGCAGAACCGCGGCGAUUCACACAGGGAUAAUGUUUACACGCUGGUAUACAAAGAGAUUGACGGUGAAGUGGAUUCCUCUUCAUCGGCAGGCAGCGACGUUGAGGACGAAGAGCCUUGUGAUCCAGAGCACGGCCUCCUAGGCAUGGAGGACGCGCUGGGCGGGCGCGAGGCGGCGUGCUGCGUGCAGGUGCUGCGGCGGCUGCUGGCCGUGUCGCCCGCGUCGGCGACCGUGCCGCCCGCCUUCCUGUCGCACAAGCUCACGGGCAAGCUGCAUCAGCAGUUGCAGGAGCCGCUGACGUUGGCUGCCGGGGCUGCGCCGCCUUGCAAUACAAUCAUGUAA